AUGUGGCGAAUGCUCAACUGGUCCUCAAAAGCCCCAGAGAAACAGCCUCCCAGAGGCCUCCCCGCAUCAUGGUAUCGCUCGGAAGCAAUUUACCAACUAGAGAGACGGGCUAUUUUCUCCAAAAGAUGGAUUCUACUCACUCAUUCCAGCCGCUUCACCAAAACAGGUGACUUCCUCUCAUUCACGGUCGCCAAUCUAUCUUUCUUCCUGAUACAAGACCGCGAUGGAAACAUCAACGGCUUCCACAACAUAUGCCGACAUCGUGCAUUCCCCGUUGUACAGACUCAAUCCGGGUCUACUUCGAUAUUAAGCUGCAAAUACCACGGAUGGUCCUACGGCCUUAAAGGGAAUCUCGCAAAAGCUCCCCGAUUCGAGACCGUUCCGGAAUUCGACAAAAGUCAACAGGGGCUCCUUCCCAUACACGUCCAUAAAGAUAAAUCAGGAUUUUUGUGGGUGAAUCUACAAGCUGGAGAUACCGACGUCAAGUGGGAGGAGGAAUUCCAGAAAAUCGACGAACAACCGAGGAUGCAAGAUUUUGAUUUCGGGGGAGAAUAUACUUUCGAUCAUUACUGGGAGAUGGAUGUCAAGGCCAACUGGAAGGGCUUGAUCGAGAAUUACAACGAGUGCUAUCACUGUGCGACCUCUCAUCCACUGAUUAGUGGCGUCUCGGACUUGCCUCGAUAUCGUGUUGAGCCUAAGGCUGGGUAUAUGGAACACCACAUCUUUAAUAAGGAGAACAUUGAUACCCAAUUUCGGAGGGCCAUUACUUAUUUUUUUCCAACUACGUCGAUUACUGUCACAGAUAAAUUCUUUUACAUUCAACGUAUGGUUCCUUUAACUGCCACGACAAGUAGAGUCGAAAAUGAAGUCUAUCGGCAUCGAGAUGCCACGGAUGAGGAGUUCGAGAAUAUCAAUGCGUUUUACAGACAAGUUUUGGACGAAGACAAGGAGCUUUGUGAGGGGACACAGGAUAAUCUGAAUGGUGGGGUUUUUAUCAAUGGCGAGCUUCAUCCGAGCAAAGAAAAGGGACCAAUCCACUUUCAGAAUAGUGUACGGGACAUGGUUAUGGAGCAUCGGAAACAAGAAGAGAACCGAGGUCAGGAAAUUUGGCCUGCUGUCCCCAAGCUCCCUGAAGGAGUGAGUACGAAACUAGCCGAGGAGGAGCUGUUUUGUUCAAAGCUAGAAGCGGCCAGUUGUGUAAGCAGACCUGAUCUUGCCUGGUAG